UCCCCAGCCUUCCCCCGACCCCGGCAGCUUGUAGUCAGCGCCAGGCCGAGCCUCGGCUUCACUUCCGCUUCCCUCCGCCAUUCGGCUGCUGCUUGCCCUGUGUGUCCCUGUCCGCCAGCUUCAGGGGAGUCCCGAAGCUACACAGCCCCUACAGCCGGAGACACAGCCCUGCAGUUUGGGAUUGCUUAACCUGAAAGUAUGUCCAAUAACGGAGAAUUGGAGGACAAGCCACCUGCACCCCCAGUACGUGUGAGUAGCACUAGCUUCCCUAUGGGCAGUAAGGAUGCCCUGUUGACCAACCACAAUGCCAAGCCAUUGCCAUCUGUACCUGAAGAGAAGCAGAAGCGGACAAAACUCAAGUCUAUUUUCUCAAACACUGGAGAAAAAGGGAAUAAGAAGAGAGAAAAGGAACGGCCAGAAAUAUCUCCUCCGUCUGACUUUGAGCACACGAUUCAUGUUGGGUUCGAUGCUGUGACAGGGGAGUUCACGGGGAUGCCCGAACAGUGGGCUCGACUAUUACAGACAUCCAACAUCACUAAACUGGAACAGAAGAAAAACCCUCAGGCUGUGCUUGAUGUGCUCAAAUUCUAUGAUUCCAAAGAUAAGGUGAAACAGAAGUAUCUGAGCUUCACAGAACAACCAGAUGGGUUUCCUGCAGUCACACCUGCGCACAGUACAAAGGGCACAGAGCCAUCAAGUGUGCCAACUGUCCUGGAGGAGGAUGAUGAUGAUGAGGCCCCACCUCCAGCCAUUGCACCACGGCCAGAGUGCACCAAGUCUGUUUAUACGCGGUCUGUGAUUGAUCCAAUCCCACCUCCUGCUAGCAGAGAACCUGAUGGCGAUGGCACUUCCAAGGGAUUGGAUAAAACAAAAAAGAAGGCAAAGAUGACAGAUGAUGAGAUUAUGGAAAAACUAAGAAGUAUUGUGAGUGUUGGAGAUCCGAAGAAGAAAUACACCAGAUUUGAGAAAAUCGGGCAGGGGGCUUCAGGGACAGUAUUCACAGCCAUCGAUGUAGCAACAGGACAGGAGGUGGCAAUAAAACAGAUCAACCUGCAGAAACAGCCAAAGAAAGAGCUCAUUAUCAAUGAGAUUCUGGUGAUGAAGGAACUGAAGAACAGCAACAUUGUCAACUUCCUGGACAGCUACCUGGUGGGUGACGAGCUGUGUGUUGUGAUGGAAUAUCUGGCUGGCGGUUCACUGACUGACGUCGUUACAGAAACCUGUAUGGAUGAGGCACAGAUUGCUGCAGUAUGCAGGGAGUGCCUACAAGCAUUGGAGUUCCUGCACGCAAACCAGGUCAUUCACCGAGAUAUCAAGAGCGAUAAUGUGCUACUGGGCAUGGAUGGAUCUGUGAAGCUCACUGACUUUGGGUUCUGUGCCCAGAUCACACCAGAGCAGAGCAAGCGCAGCACCAUGGUGGGCACACCUUACUGGAUGGCACCUGAGGUGGUGACGAGGAAAGCAUAUGGCCCCAAGGUUGACAUCUGGUCGCUGGGAAUCAUGGCAAUUGAAAUGGUGGAAGGCGAACCCCCUUACCUAAAUGAGAAUCCGCUGAGGGCCUUGUAUCUGAUUGCCACUAAUGGCACUCCAGAGCUACAGAAUCCAGAGAAGCUCUCCACAACCUUUCGUGAUUUUCUGAAUCACUGUUUGGAGAUGGACGUGGAAAAACGAGGCUCUGGAAAGGAGUUACUGCAGCAUCCAUUCCUGAAACUGGCCAAGCCCUUGUCUAGUUUGACGCCACUGAUUCUGGCAGCCAAGGAUGCGAUGAAGAGUAAUCGCUAGGAUCUCCUCCUCUUUCCCCUUGACUCCUCCCCUUGCCCUUCCAAGAAUCAGAAUUGAGUAUCAUGGUCUGCAUUGACAUGGCAGAGCAGCUGCUGAGAUCCACAUGGGGAAUUGCACGCCCCUGUUACCGGCCACCCACGCAAGCAAGGUCGAUGCUGCUUUUAUAUUUUUUUCCAAGAAAAUGUGGUCCCUCUUCCCUCCCUCUACAUUUCAAUACUUGAAUUGCAGAUUGAAAGACAGACUACAUGCCUCCACUGUGGAAUCUGGACUAUCCCCUGGAUGCGGUUUGCUCUGCCAGUUGCUUAUCUCUUCUUAUGGACAUUAUGUACUGUAUCGGGUGAGCAGGGCUUUGGGAUGUUUUGCUUGAUGCCUUUUUUUUUGUAUAUUAUGUAUCUCAGUGGCAGAUUGCAUUGUUAGAAUUCAGGAGAGAAGUUUGUUAUCUGUCUUUUUUAAAAGUACUUUUUAUUGUUUGUACUAACAAUCUGGAGUUCUGCCUGGUUACGUGCACUGGCAAUUUCUGGGAUAACAGACUCCAGCUUCCUCCACACUUGUGAUCAGUGUGGUUUUUUUUGUUGUUAGCCUUUGUGAGUAUUGCCUCAAUGACUGGUUUGUGCCUUCAAAGGAGCAGUAAGAUCCUGUUGAUUUUUUUUUCUCCAUGGCCUUAAUUGCCCAAGAGUAUUGCUGGAUUCAAACUUGCAUUAAGACACUUGACCUAAUUUAUGUUAACCUUGUGAUUUGUUUUUGCAAUAUAAACUGAUCUUUUCUGCAUCGGCUCCCCAAUAUUUGCAUUGUAGUCAAAGCAUUGCAUUACCGACCUAACAUUGGAUCCAUUGAUAGUUGCUUCACUGAAUCCCAGGUCCCAGUAAGGCUUCUGCUUAUCCAAUGGGUUGAAUGUUUCUUAUAAGAACUGGCUUGUACAUGAGCAGAGUUGUCAGGCAGUAUAAUAAAGGAACGGUUUUCCCAUCGGUGCUACAUCAGGAUGGCACAACCCCCUGUGCCCUUCAGUACCGAGAGUCAUAUUUAUUUUCAUUGCCAAGUACGUUGUUAACGUGGAUGUUUAAAAAUUGCCAUCUACUUAGAAUCACUGCAUUAAUGCUUCAGGUUUUUGUAGAAUGCAACCUCCGUGCAUGAAUCACCAGAGUCACCACACCUACUAUGUGCAGUAUCUGAUAUACCUAUACCCCACAUUAGUCUAUACUGUACUCCAUGCAAGGUCUACACAUGCAGCACUGUGUGCACCCUCCACACACACAUACACGCACACACACGUACAUGUGUACGCACACACGCGUACGCACACGUGUACACGCGUACGCGCACACGUGUACACGCACACACGUACACACGUACGCGCACGCGCGUACGCACACACGCGUACAUGUACACGUGUACACGCACGCACACCUGCACCACUCGGAACUGCACCCAAUCUUCACAGAUGAACUGAUGGAGAUUCGUGUUGCAAAUUUACCAUUUCAUUACACCCUAUUAUGUCAAGCCACACAGCAUGCAGGUGCAGUGCAUUCAUCACAUUUUCUUUCACAUCCUAUAGUGCCUUUGUACGACAAAACAAAAUUCAAGUGCAGCAAUUGAGGUACAUGUGGCUAAUAGAUAGUGAGGCACAAAGUUCUGAUGUCCAAGCACUUGGUGUGGGACUUGUGAAAUUAACCUCAAUAAGAUAUUGUCUCCAAGGGGGUGAUGGCUGGCUUUAGGUGACUGAGAUUGCACUCCCACCUGAGCUUGUGGAACUGUUACCUUUCAGAACUCUGUAUACCACCACAAGGGAGUGAUGUACAAGCAUGACCAUUCAAUGCAUGUGACUACAGCAGUACUGUCAGAUGGAAAGUACUCAACUCUCAAAUGGUUCCCAAAGCAGUAUGAGUGGUGAAUUUUGUGCUUGUUACUACAGUAUUAAAAGAAGAAAAUCUAACAAAAGGCUGAACACAUUUCUGAAAGUGCCUAACAGUCGAGCCUGAUAUAAUUGGGGAUUUAAGGUUUUGGACUCUUUUUCUAAUUAAUACUAAGAAUAAAAUUUUUAGAAAAACGUG